AUGAGUGAAUUCCAUAAUUUUAAAUUGAAACUGCCAAAGCCUGAUCCUGCAACACGAUACCAAAUGCAAAGAUCUACUCUGGUCACAAGCAAAUAUACAGGACAAUCAUCUCCAUUUUUUUUAUGCCGUUUUAUUGCUGUAGCUAUGGGAAUUCGUUUCAUUGUCAUGGUGACAAUAUGGAGUGCCAUAUUCAUAAAUUCAUUAUUCAACCAAGAAGUUCCAAUUUCUUUGAAAGAAAGUUACUGUGGUCCAUGUCCUAAAAACUGGAUAUGUUAUAAAAAUAACUGCUACCAAUUUUUUAAUGAGAGUAAAAACUGGUAUGAGAGCCAAGCUUCCUGUAUGUCUCAAAAUUCCAGCCUUUUGCAGAUAUACAGCAAAGUGGACCAGGAUUUUCUAAAAUUGGUGAAGUCAUAUCAUUGGAUGGGACUAAUACAAAUUCCAACAAAUGGAUCCUGGCAGUGGGAAGAUGGCUCCAUUCUCUCAAACAACCAACUAACAAUAGUGGAAAUGCAAAAGGGAACAUGUGCAGUCUAUGGCUCAAGUUUUAAAGGCUACACGGAAAACUGUUCGACUCCAAACACAUACAUCUGCAUGCAGAGGAUUGUGUAGGAACUUAAUAGACCACCUCAACAAAAGCCUGG